AUGCAGUCUAGUAAUAUCUAUCUAUUUGUCUAUCUAGCUCAAUCUACUUAUAUCUAUCUACCACAGUCAAGUUUAUCUAUCUAUCUAUCUACUACAGUCAAGUUUAUCUAUCUAUCUAUCUAUCUAUCUAUCUAUCUAUCUACUACAGUCUAUCUAAUAUCUAUCGAUCAUACUAGAAUCAUAUCUAUCUAUCUAUCUAUCUAUCUACAGUCUAUAGAAUCAUAUCUAUCUAUCUAUCUAUCUAUCUAUCUAUCUAUCUAUCACAAUCUAGAUCUACCUACCUAUCUACCACUUCUAGUGAUAUCUAUCUAUCUAUCUAUCUGUCUAUCACUUCAUAUCUAUCUAUCUAUCUAUCUAUCACUGUCUAUUGAUAUCUAUCUAUCUAUCUAUCUAUCUAUCUAUCUAACACUGUCUAGUCAUAUCUAUCUAUCUAUCUAUCUAUCUAUCUAUCUAUUGAUAUCUAUCUAUCUAUCUAUCUAUCUAUCACUUCAUAUCUAUCUAUCACUGUCUAUUUCUAUCUAUCUAUCUAUCUAUCUAUCUAUCUAUCACUGUCUAGUCAUAUCUAUCUCUUUAUCUAUCUAUCUAUCACACAUGAGACGGUGCUGA